AUGAAGAUUGUUGUUUUCGUUUUUCUGGCAACUUGCGGUGUCGCCGUCGCUAAUCCGGACGCUAAGAGGCUGUACGACGAUUUGUUGAGCAAUUACAACAGGCUGAUACGGCCCGUCGACAAGAACAACAACACUGUGCUAGUCAAACUGGGCUUGAGACUGUCCCAGCUGAUAGACUUGAAUCUUAAAGAUCAGAUCUUAACUACCAACGUUUGGUUGGAACAUGAAUGGGAAGAUCAUAAGUUCAAGUGGGACCCCAACGAGUAUGGUGGUGUCAAAGAACUAUACGUGCCUUCAGAACACAUCUGGUUGCCUGACAUUGUUUUAUAUAAUAACGCUGAUGGGGAAUACGUGGUGACGACAAUGACUAAGGCUGUGCUCCACCACACCGGUAAAGUAUUAUGGACCCCACCGGCUAUUUUCAAGUCAUCGUGUGAAAUCGACGUGCGCUAUUUCCCUUUCGAUCAGCAGACCUGCUUCUUGAAGUUUGGCUCAUGGAGCUACGAUGGGGACCAGAUUGAUUUGAAGCACAUCAACCAGAAAAAAGGAGAUAUGGUAGAGGUGGGUAUCGAUUUACGCGAGUACUAUCCAUCCGUGGAGUGGGAUAUUCUUGGUGUACCUGCUGAGAGGCACGAGCGUUAUUAUCCAUGUUGUCAAGAACCCUACCCAGAUAUAUUCUUUAACAUAACGUUGAGGAGGAAAACAUUGUUUUACACGGUGAACCUUAUUGUUCCAUGCGUCGGUAUAUCUUACCUAUCCGUACUCGUUUUCUACUUGCCUGCGGACUCCGGUGAGAAGAUUGCGUUGAGCAUUUCGAUACUGCUCUCGCAAACGAUGUUCUUUCUGUUGAUUUCCGAAAUCAUCCCCUCGACGUCACUAGCGCUGCCUCUCCUCGGCAAGUACUUGCUGUUCACGAUGCUGCUUGUGGGCCUAUCGGUGGUCAUUACUAUAAUAAUACUGAACGUCCAUUACCGUAAGCCGAGCACGCACAAAAUGGCGCCGUGGGUGAGAAAGUUCUUCAUAACCAAGCUGCCAAAACUGCUGCUGAUGCGCGUGCCGAAGGACCUCUUAAGAGAUCUCGCCGCCCAGAAAAUUGCUGGUAGGAGUAUGAAGAAGAACAAAUUCAAGAAUGCACUGGCCGCGGUUGAGCAAACCCAUUCGAAUGCGUCCAGUCCCGACUCGCUACGCCACAACAUGCCUGGCGGCUGCAACGGUUUGCACUCGACCACUGCAACAAACAGGUUCAGUGGUCUGGUUGGAGCACUUGGAGGUUUAGGUGCAGGAUAUAACGGACUUCCCUCUGUCAUGUCAGGCCUUGAUGAUUCUCUCAGUGACGUUGCUCCCAGGAAGAAGUACCCAUUUGAACUGGAAAAAGCUAUUCACAAUGUUAUGUUUAUACAGCAUCACAUGCAAAGACAGGAUGAAUUCAAUGCGGAGGAUCAAGACUGGGGCUUUGUAGCCAUGGUAUUGGACAGAUUGUUCCUUUGGAUAUUUACAAUCGCUUCAAUCGUCGGAACCUUUGCGAUUCUAUGCGAAGCACCGUCUCUAUACGACGACACGAAACCUAUAGAUAUGGUUCUAUCGUCGGUGGCACAACAGCAGUUUCUGCCGGUAGAUAGUGGCGAUUCC